AGCAGUCGACAUCAUUUCCGGGAGCAGCCAAGAGCUAUGACCGCCAACGCGGAGCCGAGGCGGCGGCCCGGAGUGGGUGUUGGCGUGGUGGUGGUGAGCUGCGAGCAUCCCCGCUGCGUCCUUCUGGGGAAGAGGAAAGGGUCGUUUGGAGCCGGCAGCUUCCAGCUUCCUGGGGGUCAUUUGGAAUUCGGUGAGACCUGGGAAGAGUGUGCUCAGAGGGAAACCUGGGAAGAGGCUGCGCUACACCUGAAAAACGUGCGCUUUGCAUCUGUGGUAAAUUCUUUUGUUGAGAGAGAGAAUUACCAUUAUGUCACCAUACUAAUGAAAGGAGAAGUGGACAUGGAUCACCAUUCAGAGCCAAAGAAUAUGGAACCUGAGAAAAAUGAAAGUUGGGAGUGGAUUCCUUGGGAAGAAUUCCCUCCAUCAGACCAACUUUUCUGGGCUCUCCGUUGUUUAAAAGAGCAAGGCUAUGACCCAUUUAGAGAGGACCUGAACCACCUGGAAGGGUACAGAGGAGAGCACCUCCAAGGACCCAAGGAGAUUCCUUAAUGAAAAAAAAAAAAUCUUAGUAAAUAAAACAUUCAGUGUUUCAAGACUUUGUUAAUCUACAAGGCCACAUGAUCACCAGUUUAUUUACACUCUCCCAAAGUAACUCGAACCCUUAAGAAAAUCUUCCCGAGGCCGUCACUGUGAAGACGGAUAAGGAGCUUGUGGCUGUCUGUACUGCACUGCUGUCUGCCUGGAGCAAGUGUCACAGUAUUUGCUUUACUGUUCUGAUUCAAAUAGAGGUCAGCACUCAUUCAAGUUCAGAAGCAAUUUGCCCACUGCAAAAUUCAUCAUGCUUGAUUUCCUUCUUCUUUUUACUUGAAAGGAAUUUUUUAAAUGACAGUGUGAACUAGAGAGAUCAUGACAUGAGGUAAGCUGUACUUCCCUGGUUUGACAGGGAAUCUGCUAAAUGUGAGGCAGACUAAGCUUGGCUCCUACUAUUAAAGGCCAAGUCAUCCGUAUUUCCCCCUCUCUGUGCCUGAGAUCUUGUGUGCGUUGUGAUGGGAUUACAGAGCAGUGCACUGGGUCUCCUAGUGUGGGGUCUUCUGGAGUCCUCAAGAACUUUGCAGGACAACAAGGCCAAAGGUUGGUUGGUUGCUCUCCCCCAACCCUUCUAUUUUAAAACCUUCCAUGAAAUUGUGUGUCUGUGUGGUAUGGGAUUGUAAUAAAUGUUUUCAAUUAUUAAUGUUCUCAGAAA